CUUCCUUUAACUACUUUCGAAUGUAAAAACCGAAUGAAUGUUAGGUAAAAAACGAAAUUACAUACAUUUGAAACCCAUUAUUUUAUAUUGCUGGUGAAAAUCCCAAUACCGGUUAUGAAAUGAUUUCAAUUAAGUAGUCGAACUCCAAAGUUCCUGCAAGUUAAUUGAUGAAAAUAGAAUUAGAAAGAAGGACGUAAUUUAGCUAAAAAAUGUCCAGAGUACUGCAUGCCUUCUCUGCUAUUUAAGCAGUUUCUAUACCAAGAGGCCCUAGAGCAACUCAUAACCAAAAUGAGCGAAGCUACAUCUGUGGAAAAAGUAAGACUUCUGCAAAACUUUCAAUUUGAAAAGGUGUUGAAGGAGGAUACAAAGAACAAAAUAGUAACACUUUACGGCUAUAUUGAAAAUAAGGUCGCAUUGCUACUAUUAGAAAAGACGGCUUUUGAUUUACAUUGUAUCAAGCUUCAAGAAAUUCCAGACUAUAUCCAGGAAACUCGACUUGUGCAAAACAACGACGUUUUUCAUUGGUACCUGAGUACUUUCCUUCAAAACAAUGAUUCCCUUCCCUCAGUAAAAUCUACUCUAAUAUGGCCUGCUGCGGAAAAUCAUAUUCGAAAGUAUUCGGAUCAAAAGCGCAGAAUGAUCCGUGAAACUCCAGAAAUGUAUCUCCGAAUUGUCAAACCAUUCGUUGAAACUCAACGAGGUCCUCAAAUCCAAUGGGUCAAUAAUAUCCUUAACCAUAAAGCCGAAGCGGAACGCAUAGUUUUAGAGGAUUUGGAUAAAGUGAAUGGGUUCCUUGUUUUGCCGGAUUUGAAAUGGGAUCGUCAAACUAUGUCUGCUUUAAAUUUGAUGGCCAUUGUCCACAGAAACGAUUUAGCAAGUAUUCGUGAUUUAAAUUUAGAACACUUGCCCUUGCUAGAGAAUAUCCGUUCUCGUGUGUUAAAUGAUGUUCCGAAAAAGUUCCCUGUGGAUAGAAAUCAACUAAAGCUUUUCGUUCAUUAUCCUCCUUCUUACUAUCAUUUGCAUGUUCAUAUCAUGCACGUUGAUCAUGAAACCGGUGAAGGAUCGUCUGUUGGACGUGCAAUCCUUCUGGACGAUGUGAUUGAAAGACUGCAAAACUGCAAGCAUGGUUUUGUUGAAAAGACGUUAAUUUACGGCAUUGGUGAGCAGCAUUUUCUAUUCAAUGAUUUAACGAGUGAGUCUGAAUGAAAGAAAAACAUAAAUUUUUGAAACUCUUAUACACUCUUUUUCAGAUGGAUGGAAAUUGAAUAAAGGAUUGCUCGAGUUGUAAUAGUCUAUCCAUUUUAUUACUAUUAGUGCUUUAUCCUUAGGGGGGAAUUAAAAUAAUUUUUGAGGUCUAGUACAAUACAAAAGAAAGUUUAGAUUAGGGAAACAGCUCCAGUACGAACAUAAUUUGCAAUAACCGAAUAUUUCAAAAGUAAUAUAUCACCACGAUCUAAAGUCACAUAUUCAUUUUCAG